GGGCAACCGGUCUCCCUGGCGACGAGAGACGCUGAGCCCCGGCCUGGUGCGUGCUGCUGGCGCCCCGAGCCCCAGCCCCCAUGGCGCAGAAACCUCUCAGCACCGCUGCGGCCGAGCGCAUGAACCUCGUGGCCCAGGACGAGAUCUGGAAAUACCGCCUGAAGUCUGAAACUGAAGCACGACAAAACUGGGCCCAGAACUGGGGAUUUUUAACAACCCCUCUCAAGGAGCUGCUCGAGGGUGAAGAAGAACCCCCCACCCCAAAGCCCAAAAUCGAGCUUCCGGAGCGGUUCCGCAUCCGGCCCGUGACCCCGGUGGAGAAAUACAUCAAGGUCCUUCCGUCCCCCCCAGUCCCGAAGACGACCCAGGGCUUCAUCGGCUGGAGAUCCGGGGUGCCGGGCCUGAACAAGUGUCUAGAGCAUGAUUAUGAGAUCAGAAGCUGCAAGGGGGCGUAUGCCAGAGAGCUAGGCUGGCCGAAACAAGGCAUCCACUGAGUCCAGACGGUCGGCGGGCCCCGGGCAAGAGUGGGUCGACCACCAGGCACCCAGUGUCCACACCCAGGAAGAGGGGCGACCCCUGGGGUCCCUCUGCAGAUGGAGUUCCCCUCCUCACUUGCUCAGCGGAUGUUGCAAAGAACAGGAAAUAGCUCUUCAACCCUCCCUUCCAGAACAUUCUCGUCACGCACUGAUUCUUGGCUUAUAUAACGAAUAAGGCAAAAUAAAUGCUCUGGUUUUUUUUUUAUAUGCUUUGGGAAUUCUAAGUAUGGUUUUUCAAAAGAACAA